CUGAGCGCAUCUGUUCUCUCCUCUUUCUUCUCAUCGCCGAUGCUGGCUACCAGAGACCCACCUCAGACAUCAAAUGACAUUUAUUAAGGAGGCGCCGCAAGUGGGGACGGGACCGACUCACAACACAUUCAUAUGAGGCUGAUGUAUGUUCCCAGCGAGGAGACUACAGUCCUCAGGAGCCACAUAUCAUCCCCUCUCCAACUCCUCCACCACCUCCUCUUCCUUUGUACAGGGGCAUGCCUUCUGAACCCAGCCUCAGCAGGGAGAUGCUGACAGGACAGAGGCUCUGUCAGUCAAAGACCCACCAGGACUCAGUUCUCUCUGCCCUGAACCAGCAGAGAAAAGAUGGCUUGCUGUGUGACGUCACCCUGGUCGCUGGUGAGCAGAAGUUCCACGCCCACAAAGCCGUCCUGGCGGCUUGCAGCGAUUACUUUAGGGCUAUGUUUAGCUUGUGCAUGGUGGAGAGUGAGGCAGACGAAGUGACUCUGCAAGGAGUGACCAGUGUUGGACUGAAACAUGCUUUGGACUUCGCCUACACCGGACAGAUCCUGCUGGAGCCAGCAGUGAUCCAGGACGUCCUGUCUGCAGGAAGCCACCUUCAGCUGCUGGAGCUGCUCAGCCUCUGCUCCCACUACCUCAUCCAGGAGCUGAGCAGUGUGAACUACCUGGAGCUGUACCGUGUGGCUGACCUGUUCCACCUCCCCGCCUUAGAGGAGGCUGUGGUGGGCUUUCUGGUGGAACAUCUGUCUGAGCUGAGCCGGAGCCGGCAAGAGGAGGCCCUGCAGCUGCCCUACCGCCUCCUCAGGGAGGUGCUGAAGAGCGACCGCCUCACCUCCCUGAGCGAGGAAGAGAUAUGGAAGUUGGUGGUUCUGUGGCUCGAACACGACUGUCGCUACCAGUACACCGAGGAUCUACUCCAACACGUCCGCUAUGGCCUGAUGGAUGUCCCCACUCUGCACCACCUUGCCCAUAGUCACCCUCUGGUGCAGUCCAGCCCUACUACUGCAGCUCUUGUGGAGGAGGCCCUGGACUACCAUCACGCUACCUUUGCACAACCCCUGCGCCAAUCAGCGCGCACCAGGCCCCGUUUCCAGUCCCUCACCCUGUACAUAGCUGGUGGCCGGAAACGGGAGGUGAGCAGGGUCAGGGAGCUGCGCUACUUCAACCCAGCUGCACAGGAACAUGUACGUGUUGCAGGCGGAUCCAACUGGAGCGAGCUGGCACCGAUGCCCACUGGGCGCAGCCACCAUUGUGUGGCUGUGAUGGGGAACUUUCUGUUUGUUGUGGGUGGGGAGGUGGAGCAUUCCACAGGGAGGACAUGCGCAGUGAGGACUGCUUGUCGAUAUGACCCCAGGGGCAACUGUUGGACUGAGAUUGCCCCUAUGAAGGCCUGCAGAGAACAUUUUGUCCUGGGUGCUCUGGGCCAGUACCUGUAUGCAGUGGGGGGCAGGAAUGAGUUGAGACAGGUGCUGCCAUCUGUAGAGCGCUACUGUCCCAAGAGGAAUAAGUGGAUGUUUGUUCAACCCUUUGACCGCUCACUCUCCUGCCAUGCAGGCUGUGUGGCUGACAACCUGCUCUGGGUCUCAGGUGGAGUGACGAACACAGCUCAGUACCAGAACCGACUGAUGGUUUAUGACCCAGAACAGGACCAGUGGCUGGGCCGCAGUCCUAUGCUACAGAGACGAGUUUACCAUGUCAUGGCUGCGGUGAGAAGGCAGCUCUACGUGCUCGGUGGGAAUGACCUGGACUACAACAAUGACCGCAUCCUGGUCCGCCAUAUCGACUCCUACAACAUGGACCAGGACCAAUGGACUCGCUGCUCCUUCAGCCUCCUAACGGGUGGGCAAAGUCAGAAUGAGUCUGGCGUUGCCGUCCAUGAUGACAGGAUCUAUGUGGUUGGAGGAUACUCCAUUUGGACCAACGAACCUCUGGCAUGUAUACAGGUGCUGGAUCUGAGCUCAGAAGGCAAAGAGGAGGUUUUCUAUGGGCCAACACUGCCAUUCGCCUCCAAUGGAAUAGCAACUUGUUUCCUCCCUGCUCCUUAUUUCACCUGCCCAAACCUACAGACUCUACAAAUACCCCAUCACAGAAUAGGUGCUGUUUAAAACAUGAAUAAACAAAAUAUUUAAAAAAAACAAACACAUCAUCAGACAACAGAGGGGAUGCAGCUGAACUCUGGACCGUCACUGAGACUGACAAAAAUAUACCUGAUCAUAGUAAUCAUGUGGGAACCUGCAAUCUCUGUCACACAAGUGUACAGGGAUUUCUUUGAGACUCAGAUGUAAUAACAAUAUUGCCAUGAUCUACAAAAGCCAUGCUUUCCUGCAAGCCUCAAAGAAGCUGAAAAACAAUCAGCUGUCUCAGUAAUACUGUAUAUCUGUUGUAUUUCCCUGAAGACAGAGGCACAGCCAUGAUGUCCAGCGAAGAUGCAAGAAAAAAAAAUUACUGAAGCGAUUGUAAUUCUCUAAGAAGGCAGUUAUAUAUCAUCAAUUCAAUCAAGUGACUUGUAAGCAGAGGGCUGAGCUGUUAGAGUUAAAGAAACUGUCAUUUUUUGAUCCAUUAUGAAGCUGUAAGAGCUAUAAAUCACAGCAGAAUAUUUCUACCAAAGCUCUGUAAUCAUCCUGAAAAACAUGAUGUGCAUGUUUUUUUGAGAUGCAGAGGACAAGGCCUGCCGUGUCAUUGAUUCGCAUGUGCUUUAAAUAUACAGACUGGGCUUGCAGGUGUCAUCUACCUGAGGCAAAAGCUCAUCAGUGCAUAAAUGACCAUAUCAUUUUUUUUAAUCAGAUAAGGUCAAAACAUGACUUCAUAUCCCUGCAACAGCAGUGACACUCUACUGUAUGUGUGUAUGUUAUAGACCUGUGUAAGUGAGGUUUUUAUUAUUCUCAGGACCUAUGACUGUUUAUGUGCAAUAUGAAUGUCUGGUCAUUGUCAUCUACAGAAAAUAUAUGUUCGAUAUAUUCCAAAGUGGUAUGAUAUUAAAAGUACUGAACUACAAACUAGUUUUAGUUUGACCGGAGAAGAGAAAAUGUGAACCCUGAACUUCACUGUCUGUCUGAAACAUAUCUGUAAGAGUACAUGGAGAAUUUUCAAAAUAAAGGCGCUACACACAUGA